CCACCCACCCACCCACUUCUCUCCCUUCAUCUCCAACAACCUAACCUAUUGUCCUACAACAAAAGAAAAACACAUUAUUGGAGGGGAGGGAGGGCUUUUAGUUUGAAGCGCUAAGGGAGAAAGAAUUAAUAAGGGAGGAUGGGUUCUGCUGGGAACCAAAAUCCAUGGGCACCAUAUGAUAGCUAUAAAGAUUGUUCACUGGGGAUUUGCAGCGUGUACUGUCCCCAAUGGUGCUUCUACGUCCUCCCUCCUCCUCCACCGUCCGAUGAUGAGGAUUCUGGCCCCACUUUCUCCCCUCUCAUCAUAGCCAUCAUUGGCAUUCUCGCAAGCGCUUUCCUCCUCGUCACAUAUUACACUGUCAUCACAAAAUACUGCAGAAGAAGAAGAGGAGACAGUUCAUCAGGCGCUGGGGAUUUGGAAGCCAAUAAUACGCCUCAGGAUCAGUGGCAGUUAUUGACCGCCUCUUCUGGUUUAGAUGAAACUGUGAUCAAAUCCAUCGCGGUUUUCAAGUACAGGAAAAGUGAAGGAGUUGUGGAAGGAACAGAGUGUUCUGUGUGUCUCUCUGAUUUCCAAGACGAUGAGAAUCUGAGAUUGUUGCCUAAAUGUAGCCAUGCCUUUCAUCUCCCCUGCAUCGAUACAUGGCUUAAAUCCCACUCCAAUUGUCCCCUUUGUCGAGCCAAUGUAGCUUCUCCCAACCCUAAUCAAUUGCCUCCCCCACCUCCACCCCCCACUGCACCACUACAAUCAGAAUUGGUGAUUGAUCGCGAUGAUGAUCACCGCGAAGCCGAAGAGGUUAGUAGUGUUGUUAGUCUCUGUGAUGCCUCCCUAAAGCUGGGCUGCAGCAAUGGGGAGAGUUCUGAGAAUAAUGGAGAAAAAGGAGAGGGUGUUAAGCUGCAGUUCAGAAGAUCAAUAUCUUUAGGUGCUCAGCAGAGGCAGCUAAUUUUGGGGAGGAUUGAUGAUCAUCAGCAAUUAUUAUUGCAGGCAGAAAGCAGCAAGGGUAACAACAGUAGACGACGAACUCAUGCUGCUUUUGGGAGAUCCAUUUCUACAGGAAGAUUAAUGUUUUCAAGGUAUGACAAUGGCAACAAUCUCUGAUCUUCUGAACUGAUGUACAUCUCAGCUCAUUACAAAACUUUUUUCUUUCCAUUGUAAAUUCUGAACAUAUACCAACACAUGAAUUGAAAUUGAUGAUGAAUUCUAAUUUCUGGGUAA